AUGAAAAAUUAUUCAUCUUAGCCAAUGUAAACGAGUGGAAGAGGAAGCCUAUUAGACAAUCCAUAUACUAUGGAUUUUAAACCAAAAAAGAAUAAUAAUACCAAAAUUCUAAAGACGGAGAGCAUUACCACUGUUGCCAAAAAUCCAAAAUAGGACUUAUUAGAGUAUUUUAAAAAAGAGAGAAAUACUAUUACCCAGGUAACCAAUAAUAUCAAAUCAUAAUUGCAACAAAGCAGGAGCAUUGACAAUCUAAAUAGCCAAAAAAGCGAACGCCAAAAAAUAUCAAAUCGUGUCCAAACUGAGGAAGGCAAUUCAAAUAAGAAACAAUUACUAAAAAAUAAGAAUUUUUCACUUGCCACUCUUCAAACAGAAUAAAAACUAUAAAAAAACAUUCUUAAACACAAUUAGAUGAGUUAGAUUAAUUAAAAUAAAAUACUCAAAUCUACUGUAGAUCAAUAUUUUCAAGAUCUUUAAAUAAAAAGUGCCAAGGAAUAAAAAAAUAUGCAGCAAUUUGACAAUUAGCAAUACUUUACAAUGAAACAAAAUAAGUAAUCUUCACAGUAGGAUUCAAAUACAUUAAAGAACUCCAUUGAAUAAAUUCUAAGCAAAAAUAAGAUCUAAUUCCAUAAAAAUACGAAUGAACUUCAAUCAGCAAAUUAAUCACACCAGUAAAAGAAUUUGUAGGAUGAGUUCAAUCAGUACGAUUCAUAAAAGUAAUUAAAGAUAAUCUUAGUUUAUAAAGGCUAAAAAUAUCACUAUUAUUACAAUCACUAAGGCUAGACUACUGACAACUUGUACAAUUAUUUGAUUCAAUAAAUUGCCUGUAUUGAAAAGUCAUUCAUGAAAUAAGGAGGAGGAACAGGAUCAACAGAAGAAGUUCAGAUCUAAGAAGAAAUCAAUAAAAUAUGCUAAUUCUACACAACCUAGAAAAUCAUUCCCUAUGAUUAUUAUCUAAGUUUGCCUAAUUUACCUUUGAAUGUAUUCUAAGGAGUAACUCUUCAAUUGCAACCACUAAAUACCCAGUCUCUUUAUGGUAAGAAGGUGUCAUUGAGAGAUUUCACAUUGGUGAAGUGCAUAGGAGUUGGAGGCUUUUCUAGAGUUUAUUUAGUAAGAAAAAGAGAUGAUGGUAAAUUUUAUGCCUUGAAGUUGAUUGAUAAGAAUUUCAUAAUGGAAAAUCAAAAAGAGGUGAUAGUCUAAAAUGAAAGAGAUGUUAUGGUGAAUGUGAAUAACGAGUUUAUUACUCCUUUGCAUUUUGCAUUUGAAACCAAAUAUUAUAUAGCAUUCGUUUUGGAUUAUUGUGCAGGAGGUGAACUCUUCUACCAUCUAAGAAAAUUAAAGCGCUUAACUGAAGAAGAUGCAAAAUAUUACUUAGUUGAAAUCUGCAUAGGAAUGGCCUAUUUACAUUCCAAAAACAUUGUGUACAGAGAUAUCAAACCAGAGAAUAUACUCUUAGAUUUACAGGGACAUCUGUUAUUGAGUGAUUUUGGAUUAAGCAAACCAAACAUGACAAAUGAAGAUUAUGCCUACUCUUUUUGCGGCUCUCCUGAAUAUAUGGCUCCUGAAAUGCUGUUAAAAAGUGGGCAUAACUAUUUGGUUGAUUGCUAUUGCUUAGGUGCACUGCUCUAUGAAUUAGUAACAGGCCUGCCUCCCUUCUACUCACAUAACACUCAAGAAAUCUACACAUCCAUCUUAUCCGAACAGGUAUAGUUCCCACCUUAUGUUCAAAUUUCUGAUUUAUUAAAGGAUUUGAUUUGCUAGCUAUUAGAAAAGGAUCCAUAAGAAAGAAUGGGAUAAUCCUAGGGUAUAGUGGAGAUCUUGAGUCAUCCUUGGUUUGCUGAUAUCAACAUUGAAGCUAUUGUAAAUAGAACAAUUUAGCCCCCUUAUAAACCGGAACCUUUGAAAUAUAAUUUUGAUGAAGAAGAAUUUAAUAAAGGAGAUACUGAGUUCAGAAAAUAAUAUGGAAUUAACCUAUAAAAGGAAUAUGUGAACACUGACAAUAACCCGAAUUUUAUUCUACGCGAUUUCUACUUCUCCAGAGAAGACUUGCCUCAAACUCUUUAACAUAAACCAAUUAGAUCUAAUCAUGUCAACUUAGCCUAAUUAAAUAUAGAAAAUGUUCCGAAUUUCGAAAUUAAUCCAUUAGAUAAACAUAGAUAAAUAUCCCCAACAGAGAAUAGGAGAAUGCCGAAAUACUCAGGGAAAUCCGAAAUUUAGGAUCUCUUAAAAAGGAAUGAGUUGUCUAAUAAAUCUGCUUCAUUAAUUUAGUCAGGAAAAAUUACAUAUGCAUACUCAAAGACUUUGUAAUAAUAGAAUUAAAAUGCAGAUAUUAAGGCACUCAAACAAAUUCUAGAAUCCUCAAAAGGUCAAAUGAGCACUGAAAGAACUGCUACUUUGCCUGAUUAAAAAGUUCAUAAAAAUGAGAACAACAGAAUCAAAACUGAACAGUUUGCAUAAAUGUUGUACCCUAAAACUACAACAAAUCAUUAGUUUCAUAAAACUCCUAAUAUCUAAAAAUUAUUUGGGUCUGAAAAAAGAUAAAAAUGA